AUGAAUACACCCCUGAUCACACAGUACUCUGGUGACGAUGGUGAGGAGGAUAACGAUGAUGAGGACGACGGAGAUGAGGAGCACGAUGAAGAUGACAAUAACAUCAAGCGCUAUGAAGCUCGACAGAAAAAAGCAGUGUUUCGCUACCAGGCCCCUCUGGAUGAAUCCAGGAAGCAGCCGCCCAUGUUUUUCGACUUCCAGGCAUCUUCCACUAGAGAGAGCUACCGCAUCAGUGCCACAGUGCCCAGGAGUGUCCACACCACCAGCCGAAGAAGUGGCAGGUCCAUCCCACAGAGAAAGCAUGCUUGGUACACUUACAAAGCCAGCUCCUCUGAUGAGGAAGACUCCUCUGAUGAGGAAGAAGAGCAAGAAGCCAAGAACAGGUGUCUGCCGCUGAAUUUGCGCAAAGAGGACAUUUGGGGAAUCCAUAACGACAGAAUGAAGAUGGGUGCGAGACUUGCGGAUGUCGACCCCAUGGCGAUUGACCAGUCGGUGUGCUUUGACACUGUUGGCGGUCUGACAAGCCACAUUUCUGCCCUGAAGGAGAUGGUAGUCUUCCCUCUGCUCUACCCAGAGGUGUUUGAGAAGUUCAGGAUCCAGCCCCCAAGGGGCUGCCUGUUCUACGGUCCCCCUGGUACGGGGAAGACCCUGGUGGCCAGAGCGCUGGCCAACGAGUGCAGCCAGGGGGAGAGGAAGGUGGCCUUCUUCAUGAGGAAGGGGGCUGACUGCUUGAGCAAGUGGGUGGGAGAGUCGGAACGCCAGCUCAGGCUGCUCUUUGACCAGGCCUACCAGAUGCGGCCAGCCAUUAUCUUCUUUGACGAAAUCGAUGGGUUGGCUCCGGUUCGCUCCAGUCGUCAAGACCAGAUCCACAGUUCCAUCGUGUCCACCCUGCUGGCACUAAUGGAUGGCCUGGAUAGCCGAGGAGAGGUGGUGGUGAUCGGCGCCACCAACCGACUUGACUCCAUCGACCCCGCCCUCAGACGCCCCGGACGCUUCGACAGGGAGUUCCUCUUUGGCCUCCCUGAUCGCGAGUCCCGGAAAGAUAUCCUAAAGAUUCACACCAGACAGUGGAAUCCUACACCGUCCGAUCCUUUCCUGGAAGAGUUGGCUGAUAAAUGUGUCGGCUACUGCGGCGCCGACAUCAAGGCGGUGUGCGCCGAGGCGGCCCUGUGCGCGCUGCGCCGGCGUUACCCCCAGAUCUACGGCACGUCCCAGAAGCUCCUGCUGGACGUGGGCUCCAUCAACAUCAACAGCCGGGACUUUGUGGCUGCCAUGAGGAAGAUGGUGCCAGCCUCCCAGAGGGCUGUGUCAUCCCCUGCCAAGGCCCUGACCCCUGUGGUUACGCCCCUGCUGGGCCCCGCCCUCACCAACGUGCUGGACGCAGUGCAGAAGCUCUUCCCCCACGCCGAACAGGGCCGCAAGAGGAAGAGGGAUGCAGAUCUGACAGACAGCAUUCUGGAGGAUGAAAUCAUGUACAGUGGGGACGAGGGCCCCUCGUCCAAUAAUUCCAUCACCAAACACACCACCACCAAAGGGAGCUUCCUCCAUUUUGCCAGGAGUGCGAUCUGCCACCCCACCACCUACCGGCCCAGGCUGCUGCUGGCUGGGCGUCCCGGGGCGGGUCAGAGCUCCCACCUGGCCCCCGCCGUGCUCCAUGCCCUGGAGAAAUUCCCCGUCUACACCCUGGACAUGGCUGUGCUGUUUGGAGUCAGCUGUACCUCACCCGAGGAGGCCUGUGCACAGGUGUUCUGCGAGGCCAAGCGGACCUCCCCCAGCAUAAUGUACAUCCCCCACAUCCAGCAGUGGUGGGACACGGUGGGCUCGGCCCUCAAGGCCACCUUCCUCAGCCUGCUGCAAGACAUCCCCUCCUUCUCCCCCAUCAUGCUGCUGGCCACCAGCAACGUGGCUCACCGCGACCUGGCCGACGAGAUCCAGACUCUGUUCCGGAUGGAGUACGGAGAGGUGCACUCUAUCCAAAUUCCCACCCAGCAGGAGAGAAGGAAGUUCUUUGAGAAUCUCAUCCUUAGCCAGACUGCCAAGGCACCCGCGUCCAAGAAGAAAGCCUUGAUGCAUGCCAUGGAGGUGCUCCCCCUUGCCCCCCCUCCUCUCCCCAGGCAGAUGAGUGAGAGGGAGCGUCUGUGUCUGGAGGAGCAGGAGGAGGACACACUCAGGGAGCUGAGGCUGUUCCUGCGCAACGUCACCGAGCGCCUCUCCCAGGACAAACGCUUCAAGGCCUUCACUAAGCCUGUGGACAUCGAAGAGGUUCCUGACUAUAUUAAGGUGAUCAGGCAUCCCAUGGACCUCUCCACUGUGCUGUCCAAGGUCGACCUCCACAAGUACGUGACCGUCAGGGAGUUUGUCAACGACGUGGACCUGAUCUGGAAGAACGCCCUGGAGUACAACCCUGACAGCGACCCAUCUGAUCGUCAGAUUCGUCAUCGGGCUUGUGCCCUGAAGGACACGACCCACGCCAUCAUCCGUGACGAACUAGACGAGGACUUUAACAGAACCUGUGAGCAGAUCAGAGAGUCGCGCAACAAGAGAGGGUGCACGUCCUCAAAGUUUGUCCCCUCCUACUACCAGACUUUGCCCAGAGAGGAAGGAUUUGUCGAGUCCAAGAGGCUAGGGGGUAACACUGGCAAAGACGCCAGCACCCCGUUCACUGCCAACACCCCACGGCCCGCACAGCAGAGGAUGAGGCGUGUGACCCGUGCCACCAGGACUCUGGUGCAGCAGCAGCAGUUGAUCGACGUGGACAAGGCCCUGGAAAUCCUGACCCAGAAGACCCCUCAGCUGGUCGUGGACCACGACAAACUCAAGGAAUUGCUCAAAAGAGUUGUGUCCAAGACUGAGGGCUAUGAGGUGCAUCAGCUGGAGAAGCUGUAUGCUCUGUUGUGUCAGAGCAUCUACAGACACCGCAAGAACUUUGAUAAGACAGAGCUCUUACAGGAAAUGAAGAGAGAAAUCGACAACUUUUCCUAA